AUGGCGAGCAAGCGCUUGCAGAAGGAGCUUGCAAAGUUGCAGGGCCCUGCACUGCCACCGGGUAUCUCCAUCGUAUCUACGCCGGACUUGAAGGAGUGGCAGAUGGAUGUAGUGGUCCCAGACAACCCGCUUUACAACCCAGACGAGAAGUUCCGACUGCGAUUUCAGUUCUCUCCAAAUUAUCCCAUUGAGGCGCCCGAGGUCACGUUCAUCGCUUUGAACGACCCGCCGCGGAGGAUACCCAUACAUCCGCAUAUUUACAGCAACGGCAUAAUAUGUCUUGACCUGCUGGACUCUCAAGGCUGGAGUCCGGUUCAUAACGUCGAGUCAAUUUGCAUCAGCAUCCAGAGCAUGCUUGCGAGCAACACGAAGAAUGAGAGACCUCCCGGAGAUGCAGAAUUUGUGAAGUCUAAUAGGCAACGACCUCGAGACAUCAACUUCCUUUAUCACGAUCCGAGCGUAUAG